UCAAAUCGCGACCAAUCACAACGCUACCCGCCAUGUCACCGCCAAGAUCCUGCCUUAUCCCCUCCCCUCCCCCCAUCACCGCCCCACUCCCGCCAAAACCCCUCAUCCCGCUCCCACCGUCCAUCCGCCGCCUUAAAACCGCAGUCUCCCGCCGAGACUCUCUCGCUCUCUCGCUGCUCUCUCUCCUCCGCCAACCUCCCCCCGCUUCUGCCUUCUCCCUCGGCAUCUCAGGACCGAAAGAUUGGUUGAGAGAGCAGAAGAAGAAGUCUGCUAAUUUCCUCUUGGCUCCCAUUGACGGCUCCCGCAACAUUCUCCGCGCUGCUUAUCUCUUGCUCGUGAAAGGUGAUUCGGAAUAUAGAGAGAAGGACGUGGAAGAAGUUCAGGGGAUGUUGAGAUCUGCUUCUAGGGAUUGUGUUCCGGAAGAGAGGAACUCUUUUGUUACCUUUCAAUCUAAAACGGGAGUCGAGGUUUGCACAUUUCAGUUGGUUCUGAAGAAUGCAGCUUCGUUACUGGAUAAUAACGAUCCUAUAAAGUUGGAAGCUGAAGCUAGUCUUAGGGAUCUCGUAAGGUCCUUUACCUCUCUCAAUGCUGUGGCAAAUGAAACUGAUAUUCAAAUCCCUUCCAGCAGUUCAUAAUCUGUGGCAGGAGAUUUUUGGAAGUUUAUGGAUGGUUUUGGAAGAGAUUUUCCUUAAGUUGAGACUUGAGACCCAUGGCAGAGUAUAACAAAGAUAGCACCAAGGGAUUUCAAGAAACCAUGUUCCUUUUGAAUCUUUGAUCUUUCAUGAUUGCCACCCAUCUAAAAGAAGUCCUUGCUUUCUGGGAAAGAUACGGAAGACAGGCUAGUUGUUUAGGGUGGAGAAAGCAGGAGCCAUCGAUUCAACACACAUCCCAGUGCCAUUUAUAGGGGGUAUUUUUGUCUUUUAUAUUUUGUGAUGGAAAUCCCUUGUCUACUCCCUGUGGACAUACUUUUUCCAAGUGGUUGAGUAAGGCGGUGUUCCUUAACUUGUUUCAAAUUGAUUAUUCCUAGUCUAAAAACUGCCUAAUAGAAUGCUGAUAGGCCAUGAACACGCCAAGGAGAACUCAUAGUGGACAAUAUUAAUACUGUCUCCAGUUAAACCAUGUCAAGUUGCAAUUAUUGUUAAUAAGCAUUUUCGUGACCACUUGUCAAAAGGUAGACUGUGCUGAUCAUUUCGAAGUCGAAUUAAUCUAUGGUUAAAUCUCUCAUGUAAAGUUAGGAAAAGUUCUUUCAGGCAGGUCUUGCUCGAGCUAAUGCACGGCCUGUGUAACCGAACCCAUUAGCCUUUCAAAUGUUCCCACGUAUCUCUCUUUGCUAAUACCAAGCCUGUUAAUCUCCUUUGAUGCAGGCAGAAGGUGGCAGAUGCACUCAUGGACUCAAUAUCUUCCCUAAACAAAUUCGAGCAGGGUGUCAAGGAUUGCCUUGAAAUUUAACUGUCUUGAUUUCCUUCAGAGUUGAGAGAUUCUGGUUCAUAUAGCACUGAGUUGAAGAUAGAAAUUGUUCAAGACAAAUGGAAGGUUAUCCAACCGCUAACACAAGGAGUUUAUGCUGCUUUACCUGUCACUUAAUACUGUCAAAUGAUGUACGCAUGCUACAUUUUGUGGACCUUAAAGAUUGUUGUAUACUCUUUUAUAUGAACUCUGUCAGCUUUGCGUGCACAAGGUAAAGCUUUCAUACCUUGAUGUCUUCCUUCUAUAUCUGAAAUGAAUCUAAACUUCCUUUUUGGAAUCACA